UUUCAAUAUGGGAUAAGUAUUUUAAUUAUAUUUUCAGGUUUUUGCAAAUGAUGUAAUUGCACAUCAAGCUGAUCUCAGAUUUAUUACAAUGGCUACGCAGAAAUUUAUUGAUGAGUCCAAGCAAUAUUUGAUAAUAUUGAAUGCAUUCCGUACUAAUUUACCAAAACGUUUAUCUCAUCUGGAACCGGGUGAAAGUGAAAUGAAAGUCAGAGUUCAAGAAAUUUCAAAUAUUUAUCAAACACUUCUGAAUCGAGUAACAAAGCUAAGUGAUUCUCUCACAAACAUUGAAAGUAAACAACGAUUUUACUUGGAAAGUGUUGAAAAAAUUCAUAUUUGGAUUCAAGAUAUACAAAGAAAUGCUAACAAACUAUUAAGAGAACCAAUAGGUGCCGAUUCUAAAAAUCUGCAAGAACAAUUAGAUCAUAUCAAACAAUUAAGUAUGGAAGUUGUUGGACAAGGAAGAACAAUUGAAAAUAUUAAACAUUCAGCAAAAGCAUUCUUAGAAAGUUUGGUUGGAAUUGAAGUACAACAUUCAGAUAUAAGAGCUAUUGAAACUUCAGUUACUACUAUAGAAGAGAGUUUCAAUCGAUUGAUAACAGAUGUUAAUGAAAGAUGUGACCAGUUACAGACAACAUUAGUUCAAUCUCAGGAUAUUCAAGACGGCCUUGAUCAGUUUGCAAAAUGGAUAGAAGAAACUGAAAAUGCAUUCCGCAAUCAAAACAAGCCAGUUAGCAUCAAUCGGGAUAAAUUACAAGAACAAGUAAGUAUUCAUACCUACUAAAUCUUAACCAUUGAUGUUAUAU